CUCUACUGUGUGUUAGGGUGUCUACAAACCCUUCUCUCUCACACCCCGUCGCCUCUCGCCGCCUCGAUACUGUUGUUCUACCACCACCGGCGCAACCUCGACAUUGAUUCUCGCCACUCAUCGCUUGAAGAUCCUUGACAAUACAAAAAGCUCUGUUAAUGGCUUCCUUUGAUAGGAGAAAGAAGAAAAUGCUAACCAUGACAACUCGGACAGCAUUGAACUCAGUUUAUGAGUUAAUACAAUUGCUUCAACCAUUACAAAAAGAAGCUAUCAAAUCAAUUGGCUUUGGAGGUUUAUUAGAGCUUAAAUGCACGAGAUUGCCACGACAACUCUGUGAAUGGUUGGUUGGUUGUUUUGAUCAUACAUCUCGGUGUUUAUUCGUUCAUGGUAAAAGAAUAAUUAUAACACCAUUUGAUGUAAGCCACAUAUUAGGACUUCCUUGUGAGGGAUCAAUUAUAAACGUAAAUGGGGACCACACUGAUAUUGAAGAGUUGUCGAACAAGUAUGGUGUUAAGAAGUGUGGUUCUAUUUCAUUGAGGUCUUUAAGGAAUGAGUUGUUUGAUAUGAAAGUAGACGGGGAUGAUUUUAAGGGAAGAUUUGUAUUGUACAUUCUAGGUUCUCUUUUGUGCCCUACAUCGGAGUUGUCAAUAAAUCGUUGUUUUCUCCAUUCCUUGAAAGAUAUGUCUUCUUUACAUAAGUUAAAUUGGUCAAAACUCGUCUUAGACUUUUUAGUCGAUGGUGUGCGAAAGUACAAGGACAAAGGAGAAGGAAAGGGACAACGAGGAAUUCGAGGUUGCUUGUUUUUUCUGAUGGUAUGUUUCUAAAUCAUGGUAAACAAAUGAUUGUCUAUUUAGUGCAUUCUUGAACUUACUAAUCAUUACAUAACCAUAUCAUGUAA